ACCCCCCUCGGUGCGUCCACCACUUUCCCUUGUCCAGCCGUCUCGCCGCACCUCCUCUCUCUUUCAUUUUGCAAUCCUCUCUCCCGAGGUUCCGAGUUCGAAUCAUGUCCACCGCCAUCGACCAAGCCCUCUGCACCCUGGUGGCCGUUUUCCACAAAUAUGCGGGCAAGGACGGUGACAAGAACUCCCUGAACAAGAGUGAACUGAAGGAACUGAUCAAGAAAGAGCUGACCAUCGGACCGAAACUGCACGAAGCCGAGAUCCAGGGGCUGAUGGAGGAUUUGGACCGGAACAAGGAUCAAGAGGUCAAUUUCCAGGAAUACGUUACCUUCCUGGGCGCUUUGGCCAUGAUUUACAAUGAAGCUUUGACCAGCUAGGCUGGACAGUGGGGGAAACUGGGGGGGUUGGGGGGGGGGCUUGAAAGAGAAACCAGGCCCUGGGGAGAAUUUAAGGAUGAUUUAAGAAGAAGAAAAAAAAACUUUUUUUUUCCCAA